UCCGGCUGCUGCAUGGGUGCCGGGAGGAUUGCGGUUAUUUCCCAGCAUCUCCUUACCCGAGCACGGAGCGGGCGCGCGUCCGGCGGCGCGCACUGGGAGGAGGGGGACGUUUGCCGACGUUUCCCGGCGUUUCCCCGCAUCCUCGGGGCCGGGGCGACGCGGGGAGGUGGAGCAGCCCUCGGAGAGCUGCAUCCCCGCAGCCGCCGAUCCCAGCAGCAGGCGCAGGAAGCAGCAUCUCCGCAUCCUCCGCUGAGCAGACGGCACCGGGAUAACGGCAUCCACAUCCCACGGCGCUGGGGUAGGGGCUUCACACACACACACCCACCCCCCUGGGUGGGGGGGUGCUGGGAGAACCCCCCAGAAAACAGAUUUGGGGUGCGGGGGGGUUGCGGGGGGACCCUCUCUGCUUGCAAGCGGGUCGGUGGGGGCUGCUGCGGCCGGGAUUAGAGGAGCGUGGAGAGCCCCUCGGCACAGCGGAGAUGCUGCCCUGGCGCCGGAGCAAGUUUGUGCUGGUGGAGAACGAACGUAAGUGCAAGAGCAAGAGCCUGGGGCCGGGGCUGAGCUACGCUGCGCUGCUGGCCGGGUUCCUGCGCUCCUGCCCGGACCUCCUGCCCGAAUGCCCGCUGGAGCGACUGGGCAGCGUCUUCCGUGGCAAGCGGCAGAAAGUGGAGCUGAACAAAGAGGACCCGACGUACACGGUGAGGUACCUGGGCAACGCCGUCACCCUGCACGCCAAGGGCGAGGGCUGCACGGAGGAGGCGGUGGGCAAGAUCUGGGCGAAGAGCGACGCGGGAGCCGGCGGGGUGAAGAUGAAGCUGACAUUGGGACCUCAAGGCAUCCGCAUGAGCCCGUGCGAGAAGGGGGCCCGGCGGCCAGGCCACGCGUACCUCCUGCACCGCAUCACCUACUGCGCCGCCGACCGCCGGCACCCCAAGGUGUUCGCUUGGGUCUACAGGCACCAAGUGAAGAACAAGGCGGUGGUGCUGCGGUGCCACGCAGUCCUCGUGUCCAAGGCCGACAAGGCACGCGCCAUGGCCCUGCUCCUCUACCAGACCUCCUCGUCCGCCUUCAACGAGUUCAAGCGGCUCAAGAGGCAGAACGACUUCCGCCACGUCCAGCAGCAGCUCCUGGGCGAUGCCAUCGUGCCCUUGGUGCCCCUGCGCCGGUUGCUCAACGCCAAGUGUCCCUACCGCCCGCCGGCCGAGCGCACCCGCUGCGCCCCGCGCCUCAGCUCCAUCCUGGAGGAGGAGGAGGAUGAGGCCUUCGGCAGCGGGGCACCGCGGGGGGACGGCGCUGAGCGUGCGGCCGUGCUGCGCCUGGCCAGGGAGAUGCGGGGCUGCAGCCUCCAUGGCGUGCUGAGCCACCCGCACCCCAUGGCGGGGACCGGCUGAACCUGGACCCCCUCUGGGGAUGGAUGCGGACAAGACAGCGGCUUCAUUCGCAAGGCAGAGCCCUUUGGGGGGGGUGUGUGUGUGAUGCACCCCCGCAUUCCCACACACAAACCUGCUCUCGUGCCUCCUCCACAGCGGCCAUAAUAAACCAGCGUGUGUUUUCUGCGGUGUA